AUGAUAUACCACGGGCGGACGGGGUUCAUGGUGCGCGCAGACAUGCUCGGCGCCGUCAACACCUUUGUCAAGCCUGCCAACGACCGUGUCUGCCGCCUCGACAUCCGCGCUACCCCGCAAAACUUCUCCAUCAUCUCAGCCUACGCUCCCACCAAUGACGGAGACGAAGAAGAAAAGGACGCCUUCUACGCGGACCUGGACGCGCUGAUCGACUCCAUUCCCGAGGGGUCCUUCCCUAUCCUCAUGGGGGACUUCAACGCGAAGGUGGGGAAGGCGGACGAGCCGCUCACCGACAAUGGCCGCCGUCUCCUGGACCUCGCGGUGUCCAAGGACCUCGUCAUCCGCUCCACCAUGGACAAGCGGAGCCGUGGCAAGAAGAUCACAUGGCUCUCGAACGACGGGAAAACGCGGAACCAGAUUGACCAUGUGCUGGUGCCGGGUCGCCUCAAAUCUGCCUUCCGCUCGGUGGUCUCCGUCCCCGAGGCCAAAGUGGGCUCGGAUCACCUCAUGGUCCGGGCCGUCUGCUCCCUCAACCCCAACAAGCGGUGGGCGCCGAGGGCACCCCCAGCGAAGACUGACCGGCCUUUCGCGGUCGGGCGGCUGGUCGAGGCGGACAAAGCCAAAGAGUUCGCAGACCGGGUAGCAGAGCUACUGAAAACCAACCCGCCUGAAGAGGACGCCACCCUGGACCAGCUGUGGGAGCAUCUCCGCUCCGCCAUCCUCACCGCGGCGGAGGAGAAGCUGGGCAGGCAGAAAUCUCUGCGCUAUUUCAAAGAAACAACCAUUGUCGCAGACAAUAUCAGUACAUCACCUUAG